UUAGGUAAAACAUUGCGUCUCUUCGGAGGUCGAACACCAUACGAGGGAAGAGUAGAAGUAUAUCACAAUGGAGUUUGGGGAACAAUUUGUGAUGAUGGUUGGACUGCAAAAGACACUGCUUUUGUCUGUGAAGCAUUAGGGUUAUCCCCACAAAAUGCUUCUGCCGUAUCUGGCAGUCCGUAUGGCGUGGCGACUGGCCCAAUACACUUGGAUGACGUCUCUUGUGUCGGGAACGAAAGCAGAAUUGAUCAGUGUCGGCAUAAUGGAUGGGGAAACCAUAACUGCGGACACAGUGAAGAUGUUUCUGUCAACUGUUCGGCACAUUUCUCGUUGUUUAUAUUUUUUAGAGUUGAUAUGUUUCACUCUUCUUUUUUUAAUCGAAUGACUUUGUCACAAAAAUCUGUUUCAGAGAUAACUACAAGACUGGCGGGGGGUAAAACUCCGUAUGAGGGGAGAGUAGAAGUUUAUCACAAUGGUGAAUGGGGAUCAGUUUGUAAUGAUGACUGGGAUGGGAACGAUGCAGCCGUUAUAUGUAGAUCACUAGGAUUCCCUUGGCAAGGUGCACAAAGCCUUCGUUGGGCUUUCUUUGGACAAGGCUUAGGUCCCAUUUACCUUGACGAUGUCUCUUGUAAUGGACGAGAAAAAGAUAUUCAGCACUGUGCAAACAAUGGAAUUGGUCGUCAUAAUUGUGACCAUAAACAAGAUGUCUCUGUUCGUUGCCUUCCAUUCUGGAGCAUAACCACGCGACUGGUAGGAGGUCAAACGCCAUAUGAAGGAAGGGUUGAAGUUAGCAACAAUGGCAUUUGGGGAACUGUUUGUGAUGAUGGCUGGGAUGACAAAGAUGCCGCCGUUGUAUGCCGAUCUUUGGGAUAUCCAACACAAAAUGCUGCAAGUUCUUGCUGUGCCCAUUAUGGACAAGGAUCAGGUCCAAUACAUUUAGAUAUCGUCAGCUGUAAUGGAACAGAAACAGAUAUUGGACAAUGCCCAAACCUUGGAUGGGGAAUUCAUAAUUGUGGUCAUCAUGAAGAUGCCUCUGUUUCUUGUUCCCCUUAAAUAUAUUUUUAACAUUCUUUGAGCAGAACAUUUCAUUUAAACUAAAUGAACACUGAUAUAUGAAUAAUGUGAGCUUCUAUUAUUUACUAAUUUGUUUUCAUUUUUUAAGUGUA